AGUAUUUUGGUAAUGUAGGUAGCUCGUAAAAAUAUGUCAAAUGUCAGUUUGCCGUGAAAUACAUGACCGUUACGUUGCUAUCCGAGUGUUUUAAUUCUAAUUAAAUCCCAAACACAAUAAUUGGCGACGAGAAGUACCUAACGCGUUAUAAUAAGUGAUAAACUAGUGGAAUAAUAGUUAAAAACGAUGGCGGCGAGCGCUAACGUGAUUUAUGGCGGCAAUCUCACGUUCGACCACAACGCGCAAGAAUGGAGGAUUUUUAAGGAGCGGUUUGAAGCGAUGUGUUUUGCAAAUGAUUUGACGGACACCACCGACAAAGCGGGCACAAAGCGGCGUUCCAUACUCCUUACGACGUUUGUGGAAGAAACUUACCGCGUUGCAAAAGAUUUGGUGUAUCCAAAUACGUUGAACACCAUUGAAUAUUCUACCCUCCUUGAAAAGCUGGAUGCUCAUUUUGAGUCACCUAGGUGUUCGUUUGCUGAACGAUAUAAAUUUUAUAAAGCGGAGCAACGGACCGGUGAAGAUUUGGGGGAGUGGGCAGCGCGAGUGCGAAGUUUGGCACAGUUCUGCGGGUUUACGACGGAGCUCGACACAGCGCUGCGGGAUCGUUUCGUUCUCGGGCUCGAGAACGCUAAAGAACGAGAGAAGUUGUUUGCGGAGAGCGUGGACAAGCUGACUUUUAGCAAGGCGUUACAUCUGGCGCAGGCUACUCGCAGCGCCCGGCAGGGCCUGCAAGCGACCGGCUCGGCCAGGCAGGCGGCGGGAGCCAGCGGCGGCGAGGUGUUCGCGGUGCGCGCGGCCGCCGCGCCCUCCCAACCAAACAAGUCUAAUAAUACAAGACAAGCCUGUGCAGUAUGCGGAUACAAAAACCAUACCAAGGACAAGUGCCGUUACAUUAAUUACUCGUGUAAAAAGUGCAACACUAAAGGACACCUAAGUAGGAUGUGUAAAAUGAGUGAUAAAAAGUUUAAUUUCAUUGCUGAGGAAACCGAUGACAUACAUGAAGAUCUCACAAUGUAAACAAUACGGCGG